AAAAAGUGAGGUACCGUACAUAUUCGUACGUAAUUUAUUUGUUGAAAUACUCAUGCAUUUUGUGACCCAAUUAAAAUACAAAUAAAUUAUAGAACGAAAAAACACGAGUCAAGUAAAGAUGUCUGCAUUAGUAUUCAAAAUUAAAAGUAAAAACGGACAGCAAGUUUUGAAAGAUUUGACCUCAGAAAGUACUGUGGGCGAAUUGAAGAUGUUUUUGUCCAGCAUAUCCGAUAUUAGCAUUGAAAGAGUUAAUAUAUUAUGCGGGUACCCUCCUAAGGCAUUAGACACGAGUGAUAAUAGUAAAACAUUGAGUGAAUUAGGACUAAAAACUGGUGAAACUUUGAUUGUGGAAGAAAAAGCUGUGACCAAGAUUAAUGCGACGCAAACCGAGACACGACCUUCCCAGAACGGAGUAGAGUCUCAUGAAACAAUAGAAUCAUGUCGACCUGGUAUAUUAAUGAAAAAAGUAGUUCCUUCUGAUAAUUCAUGCCUUUUCACUAGCAUAGGUUUUGUUUUAAAUGGUAGCAUAGACACAUCAGUACAUACAUUAAUGAGGCAAAUAAUAGCUAUGGAGGUGGCCAGUGACCGCGACACAUACAAUGAAGCAAUGCUUGGCAAACCAAACGCUGAAUAUUGCGAUUGGAUACAGCAGCCCAGCUCUUGGGGAGGAGCGAUUGAGGUAGCCAUUUUAUCUCGAUUUUACGGUUUAGAAAUGGCGGUGGUCGACACUCUAAAUGCGAUCAUCAACAGAUUCGGCGAAGAUAAGAAUUAUGGGCAGCGCGUCUUUCUGCUCUUUGAUGGAGUUCAUUACGAUCCACUCUAUUUAGAACAAUCCGACGGCGGACUUCAAACGAUAUUCCCGGCCGAGGAUAUGGAGGUUUACCGGGAGGCGGAGCAGCUAGCUCACGAAGCGAAAUCCUCGAGACAGUUCACUGACCUUAACAAGUUCACGCUGAAAUGUAUGAUUUGUGACAAGUUCCUGACCGGGCAGGCGGAGGCGCAGAAACACGCUAAAGAGACAAUGCACACUAACUUCGGGGAGGUCUAGCGAAUAGUUCACUCGUAGUACAAACGAGUUGCGAUAUUUCAUAAUAUUAUUAUUGUUUUGGUUACAUAACACCCGUGUCCGCAUAUAUACGUUUUGAAAUGUAUUUUAAGAACCGCCGUGAAAGGGCGGACUUAUGAUUUUGAAUAUUAAAUAAAGUUUGUGAUUGUUAA